AUGUCCAUUUCGGUAGUGAGGAGCCCAGUCCAAGGUGCUUGUGAUGCUCAAGUCCUAGAAACUGGAAACAGCAGGUUUAAAGAGUGUCUGACUGCCACUCCACCGUCCAGACGGACGUCCCAAGACUCGCAAGCAGACGGCCAAAGCGACUCAGCCCCUGAUGGUGGUACAGCAGCGUGGCUAAUCGUGGUGGGUGGAUGGUGUGCGAUGUUUUCCAGUUAUGGAUGGCUUCAUAGUAUCGGCGUGUUCCAGAACUACUAUCAGAAUGUCAUGUUUCCUGAAUAUUCUGCGAGCACGAUCGCGUGGAUCUCUUCCCUCGAAGUCUUUCUCAUGCUUGCUUUAGGUCCUAUUGUCGGUUGGCUGAGCGAUACCUUUGGACCGCGCGCAGUCGUCAUGGGGGGCUCAUUCUUCCAUAUCUUCGGUGUUAUGAUGGCUUCUAUAUCCACCAAAUACUAUCAGAUUCUGCUCGCGCAGGGCAUCUGUAGUCCAAUAGGUCUCUGUGCCAUAGCGCAGCCAGUUUUGAGUGUCAUGCCCAACUGGUUCAACAAACGGUGCGGAUUGGCGUACGGGAUUAUUUCUACUUCCGCCGGUAUAGCAGGUAUAAUAUUGCCGAUUAUGAUCAAUCGACUCAUUCCCAAAGUCGGCUUCGGUUGGGCCAUGCGAAUUGUCGCAUUCAUGAUGUUGUUCUUUCUCAUUAUCGCUGCUCUCACUGUGAGGGAGCGCGUGCCUCCACGUCCAGAAGUGCUGAACAGAGAGAUCCUCUUGCGCCCUUUCUGUGAUGUGAAGAUGGUCUUGCUUCUUGUAAGCGGCAUUUUGCUAAGCUUUGGUGUGUGGUGCCCAAGUAAUUAUAUUGUCACAUCGUCAGUGGCUGUGGGAGUGCAGACCAAUCUGUCACAGUACCUCGUGUCCAUACAGAAUGCAGGAAGUCUUUUUGGACGUUUCUUUUGUGGCGUGUUCGCAGAUAAUUUCGGCACAUACAACAGUUAUAUCUUUCUCAAUGUCUGCUCCGGUAUCCUGGUGUUGGCACUUUGGAUCCCGGUUACCAGCAACUCAGCCAUCAUCGUCUUUGAUGUACUGUUCGGAUUCACGUCGGGCGCCUACUACACUCUGCUCGUGGCAUUGGUGGCACCCAUAGCCCCGCCUCGAGAAAUUGGAUACUGGGCUGGACUAGACUUUUUCUUCGCAUCCAUCGCCGGACUUGUAACAGGGCCCAUUGGAGGCGCAAUAUUAGCCCAAGAUAACGGGUCUUACUGGGGAAUGAAGGUCUACUCCGGCGUUCUCCUGCUUGCGGGAAGUGUCAUUGUGCUGGGGACGCGGCUGCGACUGACGGGAAUGGUACUGUGGGCGAAGUGUUGA